AUGGCCGGUGCUAAGUGCCUUCUGAAGACGCCGAGUAACUUCCAGUCGUCAGCCAUGUUCGAGAGCUCUGAGUCGGGAGACGCCGAAGGAGUCAGCACAGACAGCACCCUGGGAUCCUCCGUCACCGCCUGCAAGAAGGUGCUGUGCAGUAGCAGUGUGCUGGACUCGUCAGAGUACUGGCUGAGGAAUGAGAAGGCUCUGUGCAGGCUGGGCCUCCUGGAGGAUGACGCUGAGGGGAGAAGCAAUACGAUGUGCUUUGUGAAUCUGGACCAGCAGAAGGUGGAUCGUCACAACGACAGCUGCAUCAAGAAACUGGCCUCAAUCUCUCCAGACCUGCCCAAACUGGUUGGCUCUCUGAGCGUGCGACAGCCCAAGGUGAACGAGAUCCUGCUGCUCGGUGGUUUGGAGACUCCGGACCCCUCUCACCUUCACCAGUACCCCACCCACACACAGGGCCAGAGGUGUACAGAUGUGUGCCUGGUCCAGUGUGCUGGGGGCCGGCGGCCCACCUGCAUCAUCUAUGAGAUCAACAAGUUCCUGAUCGGGCUACAGUGGGGUCAGGAGAGGCAGGGGUCCCAGGGGCGGAUGAUGGCAGGGCAGAGGCUGGAUGACGACACCAACCGCUCCUUCUCAUCCAUAGAGGAGGACUUCCUCACUGCCUCAGAACACCUGGGGGAUGACAGCGAGGAUGACGGCUUACGAAAUGACGCAGCACACAGCGACAGACCUGUGUGUCAGAGGGGACGCCUGGGCCAGAACCAGUGGCAGGACAGCGAGGACUCUGAGGAGACCAUUUGCGCCCCCCCAGCCACCAAGAAACAAGGAGGAAGGGCACCGGCGAGAGCUAGCGGUCACCACAAUAAGGAGUCGGCCGGCCACUACGCCACCAACCUGGCUGAAUCGGUACUGCAGGACGCCUUCAUCCACCUGUCUCAGGACGAACCGUCCUUCGCCACCGAGGCUGCUGUAAGCAUGUCCCCUGGCAGCCACCGCCCCCCCGCCGGCCUUACCAGGACAGGAGCGGAGGAGCCCUCUCGUGCACGCGUCUGCUCUUUCGAGCUGCCUAAGAUCGUCAUAGUGCAGAGCCCGGAUAAUUGCGAGGGCCUGCCGGAGUGGCUGGGUACUCAGGCCUCUCACGUGGCUGUGGAGUAUGGUGUUGGUGGUGCUGCCAGACAGGUAACGGCGGAACACGGACCAGAGGCCCAUAGCUUCCACCCUACUACCACUACCAUUGGACGCCACCCCAACAAACCCCUGCAGCGGGCCCUGACAUGUGCUGCCAGCGUCAUCGGCACCAUCUCCAGCCCACAGGUAGCAGAGCAGCUAGCGAUGGAGCCAACAGAGGAGGACAUGGAGAGAGAGGGACAGAGAGACCCUGAGGGCACUGACUACUCCUUCUCCUCAGCCAUGUGCGGUAUGGCCCAGGUGGCAGGGGCAGUGGCCGUGGUGGAGCUAGCUGAAGAGGCCGAGGAGGGGGGCUGCGAGUCAGAAGACGACUCCACCACCGAGGUCUACUCAGCCGCCUCCGUGGGACUCCUAUCUGCAGCGCAGGCCUCCACGGCCAUCACUCUUCACUGCAGCGUUGCCGAGGGAACCAGCAUCGAGGCCUUCCGCACCAGCAUCGCUGAAGUUCUUCACAAGGAGGCAGCAGGGGUGCUGGCUCAGCCCCAGGACUACAAGAGUGUGGCCCACCUACUGGAGUCCACCCACAACAGGAUCGUGGAUGGCAUCACGUCUCCCAAAAAGUCCUAUCUGGACAAGAUGGAUGAGACUGAGGUGGACGAUUUCAUCAGCGAGGUGGCCAAUGGCCUCUUCAAGCACGCAUUUGAGAAAGCGAAAAAGAAAAGAGAACUAGAAGGCCCGGGCAAAGACGUCCCUGAUAUCCAGGGCUUUCUGCAGGAGAGCGUGAGCAAUGUGCUCUUCGACGUCCUUUGUCUCACUUCAAAGCGGAUCGGUGACAUUUCCAAAUGUGAUAUAGGGUCGUUUGACAGACAAGAGGGUGAUGUCGGCUCCAGGGACUACGAGGUGGCCGCCACCACCAAGGAACCAUUAAGUCAAUUACAGUGCUUCGUCGGCUCCAGCCAGCCCGAUAAUUGUGAAGCCCACUGGGCAGAGAAGACGCCCAUCUACUCCGCGAUAAGGGAGGACAAAUAUGGACUCGAGGAGAGGGAGAGUGAACCUUAUGGGUCUCACAGCUCGCCACAUUUCAGAGAGCAGCAGCAGCUCAGACAAGCUCCGACUAUAGUCUCGUCCUCUACUAAGGACUGCUAUGACCUCCAGGGCCAGCAGGCCAGAGGAAACAUCAGAGAGCCUUUUACAGAGAGCUUACCCCACCAGGUCUCUUCAUCCCUGGGCACAGAGAAAAGAUGGAGAGCCAGUACGGACAGCAGACAGUCUUCUCUGACCCCUCAGUCCUCUUUUAGUUCCUCCACCUGCCUAAAGAUGGACUCAGAGUCCAGAACUACCCCCGUCAACUACUUCGCUGAUGACCUGGCCACCACCGUGGUCUCCAUGGCCACUGAGCUGGCCGCCAUCUGCCUGGAUAAUUCCAGCGGGAAGCAGCCGUGGUUCUGUGCCCUGAAGGGCGCAGCCGGCUACUACCCCGAGGGGGGCUACCUGCUGCCCUCCUGUUGCACGGCCCUCCGCAGAAAGGAGGGCCAGAACGGCGGUGUGGUAUCCAAAAAGCACCGGCCGCCACGCCUCAGUGAGAUCAAGAGGAAGACGGAAGAGCAGCCUGAGUUGAUGGAGUGCCUGGUCAACCGCGUGGUGGAUGAGACCGUCAACCUAGACGACAUGCCCCAGACUCUUGACCCAUUCGCACUCUUUGCCUCCGAGGUCACCGCCCGCAUCAUGAACUGCCCCGAGCUCAACGUAGUUGACACCUCCAAGCCCGGCCAGCAGACCCGCAGUCGGCUGCAGUGCGAGCGGUGGAGCCGGGGCAAGGCCGCCAGCUACGAAAGCAUCCCAGAGGAGGACGCAGGCCCCCCGGGUACCCCCAAUACCCUGGGCCCUGGUAGCCGGCUGGGCCAGAACCUGAGCAGGGGAGGCUCCAUCUCCAAGCAGUCUAGCUGCGAGAGCAUUACGGACGAGUUCUCCCGCUUCAUGGUGAACCAGAUGGAGAUGGAGGGCCGGGGUUUUGACCUGCUCCUGGACUACUACGCCGGGCAGAACGCCAGCAGCAUCCUGGCGGCAGCCGUGCAGCAGGCAGCCACCAAGAAGAACGGCCACCUCAAUGUGAGGGCCACCUCCUGUCUGUCCAAGCAGUCCAGUACGGAGAGCAUCACGGAGGAGUUCUACAGGUUCAUGCUCAAAGACAUGGACAUGGAGAGCAAAGACUACAGUAUGGGAAGAACUAAAGAGUGGAGCAACAGCCUAUUGCCUCCAUCUCCCAGAACCCUCUUCUGUAUCCGUCAGUCCUCCGUGCCGGACAGACGUUUCUCAGACUCCAGGCUGACCGUCAACUCGCCCAUCAAGGCCAACUCCUUUGAUGGCUUCGUCCGCAAUGUGCACGGGGACACGCUCAACAUCUACCCCACCAACUCGGUGCAGGUGUCUGCCACGGGCCUCUGCAAGUCUGACUCAUGUCUGUACCAAAGGGGCCAGACUGACCAGAUCACCGACAUGCUGAUCCAUGAGACCUGGUCCAGCUCCAUUGAGUCCCUGAUGCGGAAGAACAAGAUCAUUGCGGACCCGGAGGAUAGCAUUGACCUGGUGGAUGCAGAGUCCCAGACCCACAUGCUGCAGUAUGCCAACCGCCUGGCCGCAGACAUCGUGGAAACCGGGAAGUCUGUCCUGCAGGAAGGGGAUGGCGCCGGAGGAGGGGGCGUGGUGGGGCGACAACAACACAUGCCCGUGGGGGAGAGGAGGAGAGGCUUCAAACAGUCCCGCCCUGGCUGCACCCGGAGCAGAGCCAGCCAGGAGCAACCAGGAGGGGGCGGAGACAGCACAUGUACAGCAGCGGGUCCCCCCAUCAGAGGCCCCAGGGAGGUCCCUGUACCGGUGAUCCACAUCGAGACAGAUCAGAGGGACGAUCCGGAGUCUGGGAACCCGGUGGAAAGGGCCUGGCAUCACCCCUGGGACCCAGCGCCCCCUGAGGGGACAACCCAGUGGCGCCCUGAGAGGGCCUCUGUGAGCCGCAGCAGCUUUGAGAGAGACAAGACGGCAGUGCCCUCUGCGCCCGCUGCGGUACCCGCUGUAGAUGAACGAAACAAGCGCUCUCUGAGUGCUAGCAGUGAGGACAGCUCAGAAAGCUGGUCCCAGAUCGCCCCUGAUGACGACCUCCACGAGGAGACCAGUAGUUUUAUCCAGCUGAGCGAGGGGAACGGGAACAGUAGCACAUCUAGCCUGGGUCUGGCAGACUUGGAGGGCUUGUCUGACAUCCCCAGUCAGAGCACAGUGAACAGUGAGGAGGCAGACAAGGGUCACCUAAGGGAGAGCAAGGAGAACGUAAAUGAGGGCAGCUCACUGUGGACAGUAGGCGGCAGUAGCAGCCACAGGGAGCUUCUGGUGGUCAACUGUGACUUGGAUCCAGAGUGUGUGGACUCAGAGCUGCGCUUGGCCCUGCAGUGGAUCGCUGCCUCCGAGCUGGGCCUGCAUGCCGUCUACUUCAGGAAGUGUAAAGAGAGGACGUCCAAGUUCCAGAGGGUGUUGCAGCUGGUGUCUCAGAAGGCAUGGAGGAUCAGAGAUCUCUUCAGCGCUAUCAUCCAGUUCUGUAAGCUCCACCAGGAAGAGGAAAACGGAGGCAGCUCUCUGUCCAGUCUUUUCGACUGGCUACUGGAGACCCACUAGGCUCUGCCAACAACCCCCAUCUACACAAACACACACACACACCAGCCAAUGUCCCCAACUGUGUGUACCUCCCCCCAUGCAUCAAACCCCACCACCAAGCCUAGUGAUUCCCAGCACACGGAGUGCGAAUCAUGAAAAACCCCUAGCCUGGUAGCCAGAUCUGUUUGUGCUUUAGCCAAUUCCUCUUUCGUUAAUUGUGAUGUAAGCCAUGGCAAGGAACGCUAGAAGUGGGCUACUAGGAUAGAAACCAUUUACUGGUCCCAGAUUAGUUUGUGCUGUCUUACCAACUGCUAUGGUCAAUGGACAACGAGGAGUAGAAGAUCUGGCUGAAGCCCAAACAGGUCGGGCUUCCAGGCUAAAUAAAACACCACACCCGUGACAUUAUACACACCUUAUGGGACUGAGGACCUUCAUUAGGCUGCAGUGAGCAGACAUGUCUCCCUUUAAUAAGAUAAGCAUGUUUCUCAUUUUCUGAUGCACGGUCCCUAGUUAGACGAACACAUGGAAAACCCAGCUUGGGAUGUAGGCCUUAUUUAUUUAGUGCAAACAAAUCAGCCAUCUGAGAUUCUAGCCUGCAGAAUUGUAUUCCUUUAGUUGUUAUAUAUCCUAUACAUUACAUUUUCACAAUCUGCUGUGUUAAUUUAUAAAUGAUGUAUUUAUUAAACAUAAACACACCCACAACAAGGCACCAAUAGAACACUGUACCCCAUUCCCUCAACCAAUCAAACUCAAAAAGACACCAGAUGAUGUUUUAAUGUACAGUAGCUAUCUUGAAGAGACUGUCAGACAGCAGCCAUCAUUCCAGUUGGGAUUUGCUGACAGCAACAUAGGUGUGCACGACUACGCUUGACAGUUGCCCAGAGCCUGUUUUCACAAUGUGUCUCAGAGCAGGAAUGCUGAUCUAGGAUCAGAUCCCCCCCCCUGGUUCUGGUAAUCAUACCAAACGGAUCCUAUAUCAGCCCUCCUAAUCUGAGAUGCUUUGUGAAAACGGACCCAGAUGAACAUAGUUGUCGUUUACAUCGGCCAACGUUGUCUACUUCUGUUGUAACUUUGACCUCUGCUUAAGUUAUCUGUCAUUCUUCAUGUUAUCUGUCGUUCUUAUGUAAGUAAUCUGUCGUUCUUCAUGUUCUUUGAGAAUUGUUUAUUCUGGAUAGCUGUACAUAUUGUAGAUUCUUGAACUGCUGCACCUUGGGGUAGAAAGACUGCUCUCUAUCAUUUCAUUUGUACUACUUUCAGAAAGACAGAGAAGGUUUGUAGUGUCUAAUUUGUACGUGAAUCUGGUUUGUCAGGUUUUAUCUGCGUAGUGGUACUCUAGUGUUAAAUCGUCGGCAUUAAAAAGCACACAAUUCAACUCUGUUGCUGUAGAAACUGAAUGUAUCUUUAU